AUGCAGAAAGUCACCUCCAUACUUCCUUCAUGGGACAAGACGAAGACUGGCAGCAAGAAAGGCUUUGAUAAAGCAUGGCAGGCCCUCGAUAAACUCGGCGCGCCUGUGAACAAACUCUCCAAUAAAAUAGGGAGUGAAGCUUUCUGGCCAACGACACUCGACAAGGAAUCAGACAAGGCCGCUAGGAUCUUGAAAUCAUUUUGCAAGGAUGGAUUCUAUGCCGAAGAGGAUCGCGCCGCGACCGUCGAUGUGCCGAAAGGGAAACAAAGAGUACUGAAAAAGAUACCGCAGAGUGUUAUUGAGAAUGCAGUCGGGCUGGCUAUCUUCACUACGAUGCGAACGGGGCUGUGGGUCUCGGGCGCUGGUGGAAGUGGCGUGCUAAUCGCAAGGAAAGAAGAUGGAGAGUGGUCGCCACCGUCUGGUAUAUUAUUACAUACUGCCGGCCUUGGAUUCCUUGUUGGUGUCGACAUUUACGAUUGCGUGGUUGUCAUCAACAAUCGCAAGGCUCUGGAUUCUUUUACCAAGAUUCGUGCUACAAUUGGGGGCGAGAUAAGUGCUGUGGCCGGGCCUGCUGGAGUUGGUGGGGUUUUGGAGAAUGAUGGGAAGUGGAAACAGGCAAACCGCCCAGUUUUCACCUACCUCAAAUCGCGGGGAUUCUACGCAGGAGUCCAAGUCGACGGAACAGUCAUAAUCGAGCGAUCGGACGAGAACGAGAGGUUCUAUGGAGAGAGAGUAGGCGUCGCAAACAUUUUGGCUGGAAAAGUUCGACAUCCGCCCUACGAGAUCAAGAUGCUCAUGGAGACGGUUAAAGCAGCAGAAGGCAGAAGUGAUGUCGAUUCGAGUGUAAUAUUAGCCCUCGAGGAUGAGCCUGCCCCCGCAGACUUCGAAGUCACAUCGCCCACUGCACCUACUUUCGGUGUCCCAGAACGGGACGAUCCAGAUCCCUUCGGUGUACUUGCGUUAGAAAACGCAGGUUUGGAGAUAAAAGAAGCCGGGACAAAAAGCAGACCUCCAAGUUCUCAAUUUGAAUACAAUCCUAGUCCAACAAGUCCUGUAUACAGCAGGUUUCAUCGCCGAAGUAUGGAUACAAUCGGCACGAAAAGCAAUAGGGAGAGUUUCUUGUCAACUCGGAGCGGUUAUACAAGGACGAGUGUGGAUCGAUCGACGCAGACUGAAAUGGGCACUCAAACCGAUGGCCCCGUAUCGCCCAUCACCAGCAAUAGCAGUGAAAAGAAAUUUGAGCCGUUGAAUGAGAAGCCAGAGGUUGUUACGCCGGACGAGGUUGAUUAUACGAAAAUCGAUCUCGGUCCUUAUAGCAACCUGAACCAUAGUCAAGAAUUCGAUGGAACUACCGUUAACGAAAGCCCACGUGAGCUUGAUGGUGAGCACCAUACUGCUGAACUCAACUACGUUGGCGAGGAUGAUGAAGAGGAAGAGGAGCCAGUUAUUUUCGAGGCCGCUUCAGCUCAGGCUCAGAUGCUGACCCCACAAGCCAUCAAAGCCCGAGGAGGCGUAGUGACCAUCCCCAAGAGACCACCUCCACCUUUACCACCGCGGAGCGUAGCAAGAGCAAGCAGAAUAGUCACGGUCGAUCAAGCAAGCGGCCAGAGCCCAAUGAAGUCGGAAUUCGAAGAAGUGGACGUACAUGGUGUGGAUAAUGCAAACAGAAAGAGCAUUGACUCGCAUGUUACAGAUAGCGCAAACAGAAAUAGUAUCGACUCACACGUUGCAGAUGGCUCAGACAGAAGAAGUGUCGAGGAACAGAAGGAAAUCGUGAUGGAAGAUUUAGAGAAGACCGAAACGGCAAAAGCAUCAGCAGUGAAUGGCGAAACACUCGAAGAGAAAGUCGAGCACGCACUUGAGGAACAACAUCUCGAUAACCUUACACCAAACGUUGAAGAAACCCCCGAGGUCAAAGUCGAGGAUAUUGUCAAGAAUGAGAGCAGCGAGAUGAAGGAAACAGUGGGAACUAUCGACGACGACGAAAAGGACGACUUUCACAGUAUGCCAACGACACCGAACGAGAUAGAGGUGAAAUAA